UUCGUGAAUUUCGACUGGAAUUUGAUUUAUGUUUUCGAACUGGCUUUCUCAGUCUAGGGAAAUUCAAAACGACUGGUUUUGUAUUGCCCGACGUUUCGGCCUUGUGUAUUUGGCCUUUUUCAAGGGUAAACUAAAAUAGAAUGCAUAAUUUGGUAUUAUAACAUAGAACGGGAAACUUAACAUAAAACCAUAAAACUACACCUACACUGUCUGUCGUUCUUCGUUACAUUAAGUAAUGCCGAGAGUAUCAUUGCGUGCUUCUUGUAUGCCUAGGUUUUCUAAAAUAACACUUAUUAGGGACAUUUAUCAUUUUAUCACAUUUAAAGACUUACGAAAUAGUUAUUUAAUUUUUGGUUUUGGGACACUGUACUGGACACACCUAUUAUCAACGACCUGGACUGUGCUAUUACAAUAUGAUUUUCAACGGUUGGUUCAAAGAUGGCGGGUGAAACAAGGUAGAGCUUUCGUGUAGUUGGAUAAAGUUUAUCCGUAGAACUUGAUCUAACAUUAAUUGUGUGUGCUGUGUGUGCUAUUGCUAGGUUGCUCUCUGCGAGAGUUGGCUUUUUUGAUUGUAUGCAAUAUGCCAGCGUAGGCUGUAUUGAGGCCAUCUACGUCAGUGCGGAAAUUUAUGGUAUUAGAUGUGUUCUGUAUAUGGCACAUUUCUAAUAUUGGUAGGGCGGUUGAUCGGAAAGUGCGAUCUACUAUUUUUGUGCCGUCGAGAUUGAAGGUGUGGUUGUGUUCGAUCAUGUGUUGUGUGAGAGCUGUUUUUGCAUGAGUUAUGUCUGUUGGUGUGUUAACAAUCUUGUUUACAUCUGAUUUGUGUCCGCUCAUUCGCUUUUUGAGUUGGUUGCUAGCCAAGUACAUAGCAACUAUCCUUCAGGAAAAUUUCUCCAGUCAGUACAACAUUAGGGACAGCUUCAGCUUCACGGAAUACAUAAGAACAAUCACCAUCCCACCGGAUCACGCACUCGUAUCCUUCGAUGUUGUGUCUUUAUUCACCAACAUUCCGAAGGAGUUGAUAAUACGCAGCAUUUUACAUCGGUGGCCAGAUAUUAGUAGAGGAACUCGAAUCAAUUUGGACCUUUUCCUCGAAAUGGUGAAGCUGUGUAUCAACAACAGCUAUUUUUGCUUCAGAGGCAAAUUCUACCAACAAACCUUUGGUACGGCCAUGGGGAGCCCCCUAUCACCAAUCCUGGCUGACUACGUCAUGGAGGACUUGUUGGAGUCGGUGACCAAGAAGUUAAAAUUCAACGUACGCGUUCUGAAGAAAUACGUAGACGACCUCUUCCUCGUUCUACCGCAAACCGAAGUGCAGAAUACAUUGGAAACGUUCAACCAAUAUGACCACCAUCUGCAGUUCACCAUCGAGAUGGAGAAGGAUGGCACCUUGCUCUUCCUGGACACGCUUGUGAUUCGACACGACGAUCAAUCCGCAACGACGAAGUGGUACUCCAAACCCAUAUCGUCCGGCCGCCUACUCAACUACCACUCGUUCCAUCCAACAGCCAUGAAAAUGAACGUAGCGAUGAACUUUAUGAAACGCGUAUUGCAGCUCUCCACGGAUGGCCAAAUCGAACAACAGAAGAAUCAGAUUUUCCAAAAUCUGAGGAGAAACGAUUAUCCCUCCUCGCUCAUAAACAGGAUGAUGAACCGCAUUACCAACAACAAUGCGCCUCCACCACCCACUUGCCAAAGACCACCUCCACCACCACCGCAUCGCUCUCCAUCACCGCCAUCCCCAGAACCACCACCUCCUGCGCUGCCACAAAUCACCCCAACGUCAACACUGCUGCUGCCAUCUCCGCCACCUCCACCACCACUACAGACACCGCUACCGAAUCCAUCGCCACCGAAUGCUGCAAAUCCACCAACAGAACAACAACAAAUUAACAGCACGCAACGAGAUCAUCAUCACCAAGUCACAGAAGUCCUCUAUCGAUCGAUGCCAAAUAUUCCAACACUGACCCGUACCAUCUCCAUCAUCCUGAAAAAAGAUUAUGAUCAGGUAAAAAUAGCCACCAGAAACAUCAAAACAACAAAAUCCCUGCUGAAAACAAUCAAAGACCCAGUCCCCCCAAAUGAUCAACAUAACGUUGUCUACAGUACUCCAUGCAAUAACUGCGAAGGAGUCUAUAUCGGAAUGACUAGCAACCAACUCAAAAAGCGAAUGAGCGGACACAAAUCAGAUGUAAACAAGAUUGUUAACACACCAACAGACAUAACUCAUGCAAAAACAGCUCUCACACAACACAUGAUCGAACACAACCACACCUUCAAUCUCGACGGCACAAAAAUAGUAGAUCGCACUUUCCGAUCAACCGCCCUACCAAUAUUAGAAAUGUGCCAUAUACAGAACACAUCUAAUACCAUAAAUUUCCGCACUGACGUAGAUGGCCUCAAUACAGCCUACGCUGGCAUAUUGCAUACAAUCAAAAAAGCCAACUCUCGCAGAGAGCAACCUAGCAAUAGCACACACAGCACACACAAUUAAUGUUAGAUCAAGUUCUACGGAUAAACUUUAUCCAACUACACGAAAGCUCUACCUUGUUUCACCCGCCAUCUUUGAACCAACCGUUGAAAAUCAUAUUGUAAUAGCACAGUCCAGGUCGUUGAUAAUAGGUGUGUCCAGUACAGUGUCCCAAAACCAAAAAUUAAAUAACUAUUUCGUAAGUCUUUAAAUGUGAUAAAAUGAUAAAUGUCCCUAAUAAGUGUUAUUUUAGAAAACCUAGGCAUACAAGAAGCACGCAAUGAUACUCUCGGCAUUACUUAAUGUAACGAAGAACGACAGACAGUUUUACCCUUGAAAAAGGCCAAAUACACAAGGCCGAAACGUCGGGCAAUACAAAACCAGUCGUUUUGAAUUUCCCUAGACUGAGAAAGCCAGUUCGAAAACUUAAGAAUAUUUU